AUGGAUAGCUCCUUCCCUCUUCACCAGACGGGCAGCCGCCGUCAACAAGACCCUCAACUCUCGUCCCCCAUCUUGAUCCCUUCUUCUCUCCUCACUCACACACUUCUUUUCUCACCAGUACGCUUCAGUGGCCACAUUCUUUGUAGCUUUUCGCAGGUCAGUUCUGGCAUGCCCACCACCACAGGCCACCCUCAUUCCCACCCUCUCAACACCAUCACCACCGUCACCACCACUGCCAACUCUUCUCCCCACCCUUGCUUUGGAGUCACGACGCAACGCACGUUGCAAAGAUUUCACAUUUACGACUCGGACGCCGGUAAACCCGCACCUUCAACCAUGGGUUCCAACACUCGCAACAACUACAGCAACUCUGCCUCGGGCUACAAGGGUCAGGGCAUGAUGGGUCACUACAACCAGCCUGGCCAGGGUCAUGGCACCGCUCCAUACCUCCCUCGAGGUCUGCCGGUGUCCCCUCCGUCUGGUGACAGCAUUCAGAAUCUGACGAACAGUAUGGCAGCCAUGAAUGUGCACGGUUCCUACGGUCACGCCAUGGCUACCAAAGCCAACGGUGCAGUCUUGCCCGCCAACUCGUCCGACUAUGGCGGCAUGCCACUUCCUCAAAACCAUGGACUCUGGGUGCCUAAUCUGUACGGCGUCAUGGCCGGGGCCACUCAGCAACAGCCCGCCAUGAACCACUCGCCAGGUAUGUACAACCACGCCGGGGCUUUUGUCCCUCAAUAUUCGCAAUACGGCCAGGCAAUGGUGGACAACAGCCCGAUGGCGGCCCCAGGAUGGACCUCACGUGUAUCCUCAGCCGACAUGCCGACCUUGAUGACCCCUCGACGGGACUCGGUGUCUUCUAACGAGAAUGAUGCUCCCGGCACACCAUACGCUAGCGGAGGCAUGUAUCGCUAUGGAGCUUCCACUGCCAUCAUGGACCGGUCCCCCAACGGCGUCUACACCAGCAGUGCAACCCCCUCGCCGUCUCAGCUGGCACAGUAUCAGCUUGUCCAUCCCAUGCAGAAGCAAGCAGCCAUGGCUCCUCCCAUCUCUCCCCGUAUCCUUCAGUUGCUCAACCAGGAACCUGCUAUCCCACGUGCCAUUCCUGCUCCGAGCUCUCCUCUGAAGCCGCUCGAUCGCAGCCUGGAGAACAAGACUGGCGAGACCAACGUCUACAUUCGUGGUUUGCUUCCCGAGACGGAUGACCCCAUGCUCCACUCCUGGGGUAAGCGAUUCGGUGACAUCCAGAGCUCCAAGUCCAUCAUCGACGCCAAGUCCAACCAAUGCAAAGGUUUCGGCUUUAUCAAAUACCACAACUUUGAGGAUGCUGAAGACUGCAUCCGUGGAUUUCACUAUCUUGGCUAUGAAGUCAGCUUCGCGCGUGAGUCAUUCUAUUCGAAGCUCAAGAAGUUCUCCGAUGAGCACAACACCAACCUCUACGUCUCCAACAUCCCUAAGAACAUGAAUGAGCAUGAACUUGGCGAGAUCUUCGCUCCCCACAAGGUUUGCUCAAGCAAGAUCCUCCGUGAUCCAUCAGGCACUGGCCGUGGUGUCGGAUUUGCUCGUUUCGAGACCCGUGAUAUCUGUGAAGAAGUUAUUCGGACCUUCAACAACGCGCCCGUCCGCAAGCCCGGCGGCGAUGAGCAUCUCAUCCAGAUCCGCUACUCGGACACACAAGAACAGAAACUACUGAAGCAACAGACAGCAGCAGGCCGCGUCUUCCGUGCUGCAGAGUACGAAGUUGGUGUUGCCCAAGCUAGGGGGGUCUACAAUGGCGGCGACGAGCGAUAUGUGGGAAUGUCACCGGAGCGCCAUGGUGCGGGUAACGAGUUCGAGGUCUAUCUGCAGGAACAAGCCAAUCCGUCUUCUUACUUGGCUCCCGCAGCACGCUAUCGUCAACCUUGGGCUCCUGCCGUUCCAUCGACUCUAGGCAUGGCUCGCCCAUCCAUGCAUUCCAUGGCUCAUAGCUCUGGUAUCCGCACCAUCGAUGACGGGGCUGAGUCUGGUGCGGAGAUCCAGGCUGAACCAGCUACUCCAAUUAAGGAGGAACCCUCCACGUCCCCCGCUCGACGAUCCGGCAAUGACGAGUAA